ACAGUUCUGGAUUAACCCUAAACAGUUUUGGAUCGACAGAACUUAGACCAACCAUGAAACAAAGUGAAAUAUUCUGGAGAAAAGACUAAAAAUCCUUAGAUCAGAAUUGAAAAACAUGGAAAACCUUUCAAAUAACCCUGGGGGAGCUGGAUUUUGGUUUCAACAUCCUAUGAUGAUCUAGAUUCUAGUCGUAACCUAUGCCUUCCCCUUUCAAAAUCCCAUAAACCAGUUUGCUUCAUACCAGCCUUCAGCUUGAUUUCCUCCCAUUCGCUGCACAUCUCCAAGAACUCCAGCAGGCGGGAGCACAGUCGCACAUGGUCAACGUAGUCGAGCAGCAUGUUCACCAAGGGGCCGUUUACACGGCUGAAGGAUGGACUGGAGACCACCUCGCAGAACUGGAACACGAUAAAGGACAGUUCUUUUACAGUUCAUUAAAAGACACUGACUGAUAUGUUUGACUCACCUGAACGGGGCGCAGAGGCUGUGUAUCUUCACUGGCCUGCAGCCUUUCAGUGAGACGGCAUGUGGACAUGAUUGGUGGAUGUGGCUGUUGGUUAUAUGAGCAAUAAAAGCAAGGCCAGGCAUCACAGCCGUUGUCCAGAAGCAGUUUGAGCAUUGGCAGACUUUCAAUGCGAAGAAGUAAGGCCGAUGGAAACACUGAUGGCUGGGUGGAAAUCUGAGCAUUGACAUUAGCCCCAUACUUCAGCAGUAUUGACGCCAUGUCGAUCCGGCCAAGCCUAACAGCAAUGAGCAGAGGGUUGAAGACAUCCAGGUUAGGGUUGGCUCCUGCCUCCAGGAGCAUCUCUGUAGCUUCAAAGUUCCCAUUGUACACAGAGAAGUAGAGGGCCGUACUCCGCCGGUCCUCGUACAUCUUGGAGUUUCCCUCUGACAAUUGUGCAUUGACGUCAAAACCAGACUCAAUCAGGAGCUCCAUGAUGUCGUCCCUGUUCUUAUCUGCUGCAAUGUGCAGAGGGCUGAUACCGCAGUUCCGGAUCCUCACCCUGCUUGUCACUGGAAUUAGCAUUGUCACCACUCUGGGGAUUUAAAUGGGAGUAGAAACAGAUUACUGACCAUUGAACAGCUGCUGAAAAGGUAUACCCUGGAGAUGCUUGAGUCAUGACUUCAGUGUUUACUUUCUGUACAAACAACUAAGGGUUAUAAAACAGGUGUAUCAGACCGUAUGUGAUUGUUCUGAACAGCCACAUGGAGAGGCAGCAGGCCAGACAUCAAGGAUCGGUUUGCAUCAGCUUUCAGGGCGAGCAGCAGUUCCACUGCUGCAAUAUGACCAUUCUUGCAGGCUUCAAACAGUGGUGAGGCUCCAUCCAAAGCCUGUUUAUUGAUAUCCGCUCCUGAAACACAAAGAUUUAACUUAACAACACCCGAACAUCAACAACUUGGCUUUAGCAAGAACAAUCACUGGAUACUUAACCCUUCUUGGCAAGCAGGCGCAGGGUGUCGACGUGGCCGUGCUGGGCGGCUGUAAAGAAUGGAGUGAUGCCAUAGAUGUUUUUGGUCUCUAGGUGUGCUCCUGCUUCCAGUAACAUCUUGCAGAGCUCCACAUUUCCAUGUCUACAGCCCUCAUGCAGAGGACUAAACCCCCGAACGGAGCAACGGUUUACUUGGGCACCAGAUCUCAGCAAUAGAUCCACAACAGCGCAGUUUAGAUUGUCACAGGCUGGAAACAUCAAAAACAGUACUUUGACAUUAACUGAAGAAACUUGUGCCCUUAUGAGAGCAACCCUCCUCUCAUUGAUACUUUUUGUUUGUUUUUUCUUGAUUUAAACAGAAGUAAAAAAGAGCCUGCUUGGAGGAAGUCAGUAAGACGGUCAGAGAAUUGGGUAAGUCAUUAUACCACAACAAAUACUUGCAAUCAAGCCAACUUUAACUGCAUUUGAUGAAAGUACACUGAAAUGGCAUAAAGGAGGCCCGUUCUUUCUUGCAUGAAUGUGCACAUUGGGCAUUCAAGAAGACAUGAUAUGUCACAUAAAUGGAUGAAACCCAACCAAAAUGUUCAGGGAUUCAAAUAUAUGUGAAUUGAGUGUGUAAAUCAGUUCAUUUCAGUCCGCUGUAAACACAACACUGCACACACUAAAAGAAUACCUGACAGCCCCACACUUCCCAAGUGUAUAGAUGAUGUAACUGUUGUUAUAUCUGACCAUAGACUGUAUAUACUAUGGACAACCUGGUUCCGCCUUCCGCCUGUAUACGGAUUUGAAGCCAAAUAGCUCUCGGUAAUUCCGGGUUUUUCUCCACUUCCUCAAAACCAGAGCUGCGCAGUAGCGAUGCGCGCAUUCGGCCGUGCAGUCGCCGAGAGUCCCUGUGAUGACGCUCGGCUCAAACAGCGUAUCCCCCCGGUGAGCUACGCAAUCCCUGAACGCCCAUAGGCUGUACCAGGUGUCAAUCAUAGAAAACAUGAACCCCCUAAUAACUUUUAAAAACGGAGCUGUACAGAAAAAAAAGGAAAAAAAAGACAAACCAGUCUUACUGUAACUAUAUGUCAACAUCACAAGCAGGGGGGAGAAAAAUGUAUGUUCUGUGUAAUAAAUUUCUAAAGUUUGUCCACAGUCCCAUAAGCUUUGCUGGCGGAGGCAGGAUUUAUGACCUGUACUGCAGCCCACCAUCAGAGGUGUUCUCGGAGUGACUUCACCCAGCGAGGAGGCAGACUCUGUCCAUCUUAUAUACAGUCUAUGUAUCUGGCUGUAACAGCUUUUACUUUAGCUCACCUGUAAACAGAGGUGUCUCUCCGUCUUUUUCAGGGAUGUUUGGGUCUGCUCCGCGCUUCAGGAAGAAGUCAACACAGGCAACUUGUCCCUGACUUGCUGCCAGCAGCAGAGGAGUCUGAUUCCUCAAGCUGCGUUUAUUUAGUGAGUCAGGGUAAGCUGAGGAGAGACAGAGGUCAAAGGUCAUUAAGUUUAGCUCAUGUAGUGUGACUGAUUGUCUGGAUUGUUUACUUGGUUUAGUUGGCCCCGGUUGGUUGAAAUGGUUGGUUUUGUGGUUUUAUUGAUUGGUUGGGUUUUGGUUUUGUUUGUUAUCUUGAUUUGUCUGGUUGACCUAUUGGAUGGGUCAAUUUAGUUGGUUUAGUUUACCUGGCUUGGUCAUAUGUUUGGUUGUUUUGGUUGGUUUAAUGGCUCUGUUAAGUUGGUUGAUUUUGUUACUUGAAUUGAUUUAUCUGGUUGAUUGGUUCAGUCGGUGUGGUUGGUCUGUUUAAUUGAUUUGUAACCGAACUCCAUAAAACAAAAACAAAAAUAUCUGCACUGACAGCAGAAAUACUCAAUCAGAGAGUGGAGAUAAACUCACAAUGUUCAUAACUAUAAUACUUAAGAAUAGUGUCAUCGGUAUAAGAAUAAUCGUUUCCAAAACCAUCAAAGCUGCAAACAUACUGUUGUGGGGAAAAGGAGCCAGGAUGAAACCCAGUGGAUUAAAACAUCUUGCUAAACCUGCUGAACUCAAUAACUUUAAAGGUCCAAUUGCAAGCCCUAAAUCAUCCGUCCUUACCAUCGAUCAGAAUUCUGACUGACGGCAGAUGUCCAUAAUAAGCAGCUUCAUGAAGAGCAACCCAGCCCCCAUCAUCUGGUUCCAUCAAAAUGCUUGACUCCUGUCUGACCAAAUUCUUCAGGGAGUCAGUGUCCCCAUUUACGAUAAGUGACUCAACAGGGCUGAGCUUCCUAAGACAAAAUACAGAGACAGAAAACCACUGAACAACUGAAAAAGUCUUGAGAAUCUAUAGACUGUCUCAAUGUCAGACAGUCUGGCUAUCUAUGUCUUUGUCUAUCUGUGAGUCAGUGGUCCAAGAUUCUGAAUCACAAACUACUUAUGACUUGAUGUUUUUCUUAAUGGCAGUUGGACUGGCUGAACUAUGAAUGACUUGAAAGGGUGGAUUAACACUUCCCUCACCUGAUGUAAACUUGUAAAGGUGGAUAGGUGUGUCUUCUCACUUGAUGAGGCUAUAGCCAGACAGAUAAGGAUUCACUCACCAAUUUAAGACUUUGAUGGCUGGAUCUGGAUUAAACCAACCUAUAAAUUCUUGAACAGCUGGCUCAGUACUCAUGCUUUUUGUGAAGACUUUGACAAGUGGGUUUGGGCUAACUCAGCUCACAAAGACUUGUAAGGUGUAUAUGGCUGACUCCCCUGAAUAAAACUUUGGGGUUAGAUUUGGACUCCAUCAUUUUAAAAAAGACUUGAACUGGUGGGAUUUCAUCUUUCUCAGCUAAUGAAUACUUAAACUAGUUGCUAGAAACUGACUCUUCUUAUGACAACUUGGACAGGUGGGUCUAGACUACCUUAGCCUAUAAAUACUUUGAUAGCUGGCUAAGGACUGACUUGGACUGGUGGGUCUGGUCCAACUCAGUUCAUGUAGAAAUGCACAGAUAUAUAUAAAAGGAAUUUUCUGAUCAAGAUUUGAGACAUGGCUUUGGUCCCUGUCACUAUCUGAGGACCUGGAUAGGUGGGACUUUGUUGAACCCAACUCAAAGUACUUAGACAGUUGGCUAAGAACAGACCCAUUUGAUGAAGACAUUGUUAGAGGGACGAGGACUGGCCUACCUUUCAAAGCCUCUGUACAGGAACUGGGACAGGGCAGUUGGUGGGUUGGCGUUGUUGGGGACCUGUGGGGGUGGAUGGAUUGAAAGCUGGGCCGGGGAUGGUGUGGCACAGGUGUGUGGGGGGUCAGAGAUGUUUCUGGAAGGGAUGGAGGUCUGUCUUCCUGGUUGCAGCAGGGAGGAAGGUGCUGAUAAUGCUGAUGAUGGUCCUGAUGGUAAAACUGAUAAGGUGUGUUGACAGUUGUUGGGCAGGCGUGCAUCAUCAAAGCUUCGCUCUACUGCAACGUGUACCAGCUCUUCGUCAGUCAUGUGACCAGAAAUACAGAAAUGAUCAUGAUUCCCCAGAGCAGCCUCCAUAUUGCCCGUAGUAACCUGCAGAGAAACAAAGUGUCACUGAGAAAAAGUUGGUGAUGUAAAGAUGUUAGAAGAUUAAGUUGUGUUGGGUUGACAUCAACUGUGGUAAGUUGUUGUGUUGUAUGGUAACUGUGUUGUUAAGGUGUUGUGAUGUAAAGUUGCAGUGAUAUAUAGUUUUGAAUGUGUAAAAUUGCUGUGUUGUGAAGUUAUAAUGAUGUUUAGUUUUUUGAUGUAAAGUUGUAAUGUUGUGAAAGUAUGACAACAUUAAGGUUAUGUGUGUAAAAGCUGUCCUGUUGUAAAGCUGCAUGAUGCAAAGUUAUUUACUUGUAUUUUUGCUUUUAAGCUGAUUAGUUAGAAAUUUGUUCUGUUUUGAAAGUUUUUGUCUUGUUAAGUUUAUGUGAUGUUAAGUUGCGAGAUGUUAAGUUGAAAAAAUGUAAAAAUUGUUGUAAUGUAAUGUGAUUGCGUUGUGAUAUUAAGUUGUGGUGAUGUAAAGUUUUUGUAUUUUGUUUUUAAGAUGUGAUGAUUUCAAGUUGUGUCAUUGAGUUUUGAUUAGUUCUGGUUGUGUAUUGUAGUGUUGUACAGCAGUUGUAAUGAGGUGAAGUUGUUGUGUUGUAACGUUAUUGUCUGGUAAAGGUGUUUUGAUGUAAAAUUGUGUUUAUACAGAGUUAAGUUGACGUAAAGUUGUUCUGUUAAAUUGUAGAAAUAGAAACAUCAGUGAUGUUUUGCUGCUCUGUUGUAAAAUUGUUUCGUAGUAAACUUUUUGUGCUGUAAAGUUGAUAUGAUGUUCAAUUUUGGUAAUGCAUUAAUUAUAAUGUUGUAAAGUUGUUUUCUGUCAGUUACAGAUUUCACCUGAGUCUCUGCAGGUCUUGGCGUCCUUGAUGUUCUUGCGGUGAAUCGGGUUUAAAUCUCUUAUAAGGUCGGUCUGAGCCUGGUUUUCAGCACAGACGGGCUUCUUCUCUUCUCCUUCAGCAGUCUAGUUUUGCUCUGAGGUCUGAGCUCUCCAUCCCUGUCUUACAAACCUGAUGUUUAUCUAAUGGACCUCCUCGCUGAAAAUCUGCCUUAGUGUCUGACCCACAUGUGUCACAUUAAUCAGAAAAACACAGAUAUAAAUAGACACAUUUCGAUGCCAGUGAAACUCAAUCCGUGCUGAGUCUUGGUCACAUGGACAGCAAUCAUAAGAAGAGUCUCAUGGAAGUCCAGACGGGACAUGUAAUAAGAUGCACAUAAACAACACAACAAGGAAACAGCAGACAGACAGACAGACAGACAGACAAAACACACAGGGCAGCAGAGAGUCAAGGGUAACUGCUAAAUGAAACUGUUGAAGAGCUCAGGUUUUAAAAUCACAAAGACUACCCUGACAUUUACAGGCUCAUGAUCCGUAACCUUGCCCCAAUUCAUGUUUGCUAUAUGGUCUGUUACUUUGGCUUCUAACUUUGGCUUCCAGUCAGACAUACAGUAUAUGAUUACCUGAAGCUCAUCCAAGUGUAGCACCUGUGCUUCAUUCGUGUUGGAAAUGCAUCCAGAUCUUUGACUGUUGUCGGAUCAUGCAUCAAGAAACUAAACUCCAAUAGAGAAUAUGGACAUGCAUUAAGAGUAUUAAAAAUACAGUAUCUGAAAGGUUGGAUGUGGAGUAGCCAAAAUUCAUACUGUCAUGUUUCUGUCAUAAUUUAAUCUUAAUCCACAGCUGUUACUGUGUGCUGAGAGCAGUUUUCUGAUGGCAAAGUGGUGAAAAAUUGUGUUUUCACUUGGACCAAAAAGGGUUCUUUGUUUGGAGUUUGUUAAAAUCAUAAAUCACAUUGUAGAGCUGGCCCAGUCUGCAGAAACUGAAAGCGUAGCCUCCUUUAACAAAGAGGCCAAGCUUUCAGUUUCUUCUGUGGGUAAUGCUUUUACUAUGAACAAGUGCCCUAUAACCCUUCUUCAAAAAACAAACAAACAAGAACUGGUACUGGACAAGUUUGAAGAUUGGAUUAGUUCUUUGCAUAGUCAGAGUGACACCUUGGCCUAUAUGUGGAGCUCUACAACUAAAGUCUGGACUUGCCUACUGACCUACCUGUGACAAGGAACCUAAGGGGGUGUGUAAAUUGAUCAGAUUUGAUUAUAAUUGUUGUUGUUAUUAUAAUUAUUGUUUUUGUUGUUGUGAUUAUUAUCAUUAUUAAGUAAAAAUAAUAAGGCAUCAGAUUUCAUAUAGCGCUUUAUCAGAGACCCUCAAAGCGCUUUACAUUGGAUACAUCAUUCAUUCGCUCACACAGUCACACCUUGGUGGUGGUAAACUACCAUAGUAGUCACAGCUGCCCUAGGGCAGACUGACAGAAAUGUGGCUGCCAGUUUGUGCCUAUAGUCCCUCUGACCACCACCACACAACACUCACAAUCAUACACCAGUGGGGGACACACACUGGGAGCAAGGUGGGUUAAGUGUCUUGCCCAAGGACACAACAGAGAGACUCAGGGUAGGGGGGAAUUGUACCGCCAACCUUCUGGUUAUUGGGCGACUACUUUACCUCCUGAGCUACUGCCACCCCAAGUAGUUAUUAAUGCAGUAGUAGUAAUACGAAUUUAUUAUAACUAUUCUUAUAAAUUUUCUAUUAACAUUGUUGGAAAUACAUGUCGGCUAUUAAUAAACACAAUUUUUUUUUUCUCAUAUUUUACUUAAAUAUUUUUUUCCAAACCUAAUAAUAUUGUCAGGUGAUUGAAGUGAUUGAAGUUCUUUUCGGUUUUCAUGUUUUGUUUUAUCAGAGGAAGUGGACCGUUUGGCCGUCUGUCCCCUCUCUCCUUGAAUGUGUUUCAUAAUUCUGGACUUUUGUGAAUGAGUCUGUCGGCGGACAGACUGAUGGACGUUACCAUGGGAACACAUCAGCUGCAGCACUGCAGGGCGUUAGCCUAGAGCUAGCUGAUAGCCUGUUCCGGAUCCAGCCUCUUCUCUCGGUUCUGGUUCGGGCUCUGGUCCGGAGUUAUCCCCCGGUCAGCAGUCUGGUCCGCCCCCGCAGCAGGUCUGUCAUCAAGAGAAGCAGCGGCCUCAGGCUGGUUCAGGAUCCCAUUCAGUUUGUAGACGAACGACUGAACGGACCCACUAAGUGGACCCACUGCAGGAGGCCAGAAACUGGGUCUGGAUCUCUGCAGGAGCUUUGGGUCACAUCUGGCCUGGGAACACACACACACACACACACACACACACACACACACACACACACACACACACACACACACACACACACAGGUGAACUCUGAAGUUUGUGUGCUGUUUGGCACGGUUCGGUUCCGCCCUCCGUGUGGGAGCGAGCAGACAGACCGAACAUCGACAUCUUCUGGAAAUGAUUGCUUUCUGUUGGACUCCUUUAAGCUGAGAGACCGUCGGUGGGGAUUAUGAAAUAGGCGAUCUUUUUUUGGGGGCUCAGGCUGGUUGUGAGUCUCACUGAAGGACGCAGACUCAUCUUAGAGAUCCACUUUAACGCAGAUCGGCGUGACUUGCCGCACCGCACUGGACCAAAGAGUUGGAGGAUGUAAGGAGGUGAUUUGAUCCAAAUGAAAGUCUUUAGGAGUUUUCAGUGUUCGCCGAACAACAGAGGAGAUCAUGUGGGUUAUACAGUGACUAAUGUUUGAGGGUUUUUUUAUUUUUGCUUUAUUCAUUAUUAAAUUUGUUCUACGGUCGCAGAUUUAAACGGAUUCUGGCGCGACAUCCCUACGCACAGACCAUCAGAAAAUGAGCUGAUAUGAAAAGUGUUUCAUCAAAUGUCGGCUCACUUCCUGAUUAAACCAACGUGAUAUUAAGGAGCUUUUUAUUCAAAAGAAAUCUGGCUCAGGGUUUCAUCCGCAUCAGACCGGAUUCAGCUUGGAAAAGAUCCAGCUCAUGGUCAGUGACAGCGGCUGGAGGUGGGAUCUGUUCCCCGCUUUCUUACUGACACUCUUCGACAACCAUCCGUCAUUCAAGUGGAGAUUUGAGUGAAAUAAUCACAGCUGAGACGGUUUAAAGUGGGCCGAAGAGAAAAGAAGAAGUUGUAGAUUUGUCAAGUGUUUCAUUUUGAAACUUUACUUUCUCUUUAAAUUAAAGAUUUACGAGAGCUUCUUAUUUUAAUACAUUUCUAAAACGGAGUCUGGUGUGACGUCCCUCCGCCCGCAAGGACUGAGCCGGGAUCUCCUUGGAAACGGUUAGUUACCACCCCCUCCCCCUCCCCCUCCCCCCUCCUCCCCCGCCUCCCUCAGGGAUGGUUGGUGCUGAGACCCUCCGCCUGCUCUCCCACUGACUCCACCUGAGCUCCGGGACGGUUCCAGAUGUUCUCCGGCAGGAUGACAGGAAGUCAGUCCAGCCUGCUACUCGCGCAGCUGGAGGAGUUGCACGAGCUCGCCUUCAUCGAGAGACCGAUCCGCAGGAGCCUCAAGGUACGUCAUCAUUUCAUAAUGUGUGUGUGCGUGUGUGUGUGAGGAAGAGGAGGGAGGGAUGAAGAGGAGAGGCUUCACUGCAGGAGGGGAGACCCGCAACGUGACGCACUUUCUGUCUCUCCCCCUCUCUCUCCCUCCCUCUCACACACAGGUUGUUGCUGCGUGUGUGCGCGCGCGUAUGUAAGCGUGUGCGGUCUCUGCAGUGAAUAAAACAUGACCCAGACUUUAUUCGAUGUGUUCUGUAAACUGAAUGAUGAUCGAUUACUAAAUAGUUCUAAUAAUCAGGGUGGAGUUUCAAUCUAAGUUUAUGAUCGAUCCCCAAUUGAAGCUGUCAGACUAUCGAUUAUUUGGCCUCUCAGACAUUAUGUAGCUAUCAGUCUUUGAUCAUUUCAUGAUAGCCUAUUACAAAAAUUCAAUCAAUAUAUUAGCACCAGUUUCACUAUUCAGUAUUGAUGAUCAAUAUAUUUUAGUCCUCAAAAUGUUUACCUUUAGGACUGAAUAAUAAAUCAUAUAAAACGAGAGAUAUUCAAUAAUCAAUGUGAAUCAAUUCAUGGUUUAAAAGAUAAUUGAUUAAAAUUGUAAAUCAAUAAUUGUUUUCAUCAUCCAGCCUAUUUAAAUGGUCAGUGUUUCAUAAUUGAUGUUAAAAUCUUAAUGCCUAAUGUUAUAUACCACAGAUAAGUUUCAAUAUGUUAAUGUAAUCAAUAUUUAAUAAUUGAUCAUAAAUUAUUAACGUUAAUAUUUAAUUGAUAUGUCAAAUAAUGAAUAUUUUAAAUAUAUCACUGUUAAUAUUUCAUUCAGCAUAAGUAAUAGGCUAUCUAAGACCAGAACAAGAAGGCAAUACUUUAUCAGUAAUAUUUUACUUUCUUUAGUCUACUUCAUAUCAUCAUUUAAUAAUCAAUAUUUGAUAUUUGGUAAUGAAUGGUUUACAACAGAUUUUCCAUAAUCAAUAUUUAAACUUUUCUUUAUAAUUCAUAAUCAACAUGUUUUCAUCCUUUAUUUUAAGUAUUUUCCUUUGAACUUUUUGAUGAAUUGUAGUCUUAGUCAUAGAAAUGUUUAUCAUUAUAAUAAUGUGGACCUUGAUCAGAGUAGAUUAUCUAUCAGCUAACCAGAGAAAGCAGACAUCUCUCUCCCUCCUCCUCCUCCUCCUCCUCCUUCAUCUUUCUCUCUGUCAUCUCCCUGCCUCCCUAAACUCUGUGGGUGGAGGGGGCGGAGCUUACUGAAAGAGUUAAUGUGAAGUGGAGGAGUCUGGAAAUUCCUGCUGGUGGUAGAAACCUCAUUUUGUGAUGUGCAAGCACACAUGAACAACGCCCCCCCCACACACACACACAAACACACACAAACACACAGAUACUGCUGACUUGCUCUGUGUCUGGAACAGCUGAAAGUAAGUUUGGUCAAAUACAUGAUGAUGCAGUCAGCAAAACACAACAAUAGAUAAUAAUAACAACAACAACAACAAUAAUAAUAAUAAUAAUAAUAACAGACAGUAUGAUUCUCAUCAGUUAAUGUUUAAAUCUUUGAACAUCUUUAUGAAUGAAUACAGGCUCCAUUGUGAUCGCCUGUUUUUGGUUAUCAGACAGCAGAGGAGAUUGAUCAGCUGACAGUGGAUGAAGACCUGAAUGACAUCGAGAGAGCUGUGUACCUGCUUAGGUAAGGCUCCCCUGCAGCAGGACAACACUUUCAUGCAUUGACAAGCAGCAUAGGGUAGACUGGACUGUAGUCUAUGUACAGGGGGAGAAUUCAAACCACCACGUCAAACCAAACCUCUAGAGAGGAACAAAGUUUGUGUGUUUUCUGUUUGUUAAUUCCAGUUUGUCAUAGUCAGCUCAGCUGAAACAGUUGAAUAUGUGUUGAACUGUCCUCCUUCCUUUGACCCGAAUAUCUGAGCUAAAUCAAGAAAUCCUCCAGAGUCUGAUAAACCAGAUCACCAAACCCAUCAGUAUCUGGUCUGAAACUCAGGCUUUGGCAUUCCACAUACUUAACACAUAUGGAGGGGCAGGAAGCCCUGUGAACAGAGCCGUACCACUAAAUAUAACUUGUCGGAUGAAAGUAAUUGAGUCUCUUUAGAAAAGAAAGGGUGUUCAGCAGCAGAAUCAGUAUCAGAUUUUGGAGUCCAGUGGGUUUAGUUUUGGGUCUCAUGGACUCAUUUUGUGUUCCUCCUGUGGUCUUCAGCGUGGGUCAGGAGGUCCAGAGAGCAAGUGUCAUCAGUAAUCUGCCGAUCCUUGUCCGCCAGAAUCCUGCUGAGACUUUCCGUCGGGUUGUACCAAAGGUCCGGGUACGUACUGAGUCGUCAGUCAGCAUGUAGUGACUGAUGUUGCUGCACUGUGUGGAGGCUGUCUAAGGUGUGCAGUUGCUGCUGCUGUGUUGGCGGAUGAACCCCUCACUGUGCAUGUCCUUCGUGUACCAGGAGGUCCUGAAUGGAGCAGGAGCAGAAAUCCAGCUUGCAGCAGCAGCUUCCUUUUUAACCAUCCUUCAGGACGACAUCAUCCUGAUCCACACCCACACCUACUCCAUCUUAAAAACAGUCCUGCUGCAUCUGAACCACCGUGACACAGGUAAUAAUCCAUGAUACACACAAAAUGCACCUGUACCACUGGAUCACAUGUAACAACAGAUAAUAUAAAGGUCAAAGGUCACAAUCCCUGACACUGAACAUAACCUAAACCACCAAGACAUAGGUAACUACCUAAAGACCCAGGUAGAAACCCCAAGAACCACUGAGACACAGGUAUUACCUGUGGUGCUGUCACAAAGAUGCCAACACCUUAAGAAUAAUGUCAAUGUUGACUGAAAUUGUUGACGUUGAAGUUGAUUUGUUUGUUGACAGUGGUGAGCAACGCCUGGUUGGAAACAUUGCUAUCAGCUAUCAACUCUCUGCCGAAGGAGACCAUCAAACAGGAGGUACAGUUCUCUUCUCUACCUGUCUCUGACUCUACCUGUCUUGAGACCUUUGUCUUUCUCUACCAGUUGGUGUACCUGUCUCUUUCUUUACCUGUAUGUUAACCUGUCUCUAUCUCGACCUAAAUGCCUUCUUGUCUCUGUCUCUAACCUCCAUGUUUUUUCUGUUUCUACACAAAUGUCUACCUUUCUCCAUUUCUAGCAAAAAGUCCAUCCAUAUCUACCCCAGUUCCUACUUGUCUCUUACCCUAUCUACUCUGUUUCUCUACUUGGAAUUGUACCCUUCCUAAUCCCCACAUAACUGUCUACAUGUCUUUUUGUUUCCUGAAUGUCUACCUGCCUCAUUAUCUAACUGAAUGUCUACCUGUCUAUCUACCUUCCUGUCUUCAUUUCCAUCUGUCCGUCUUCCUAUUUAUCCCUACCUGUCUGUCUUCUUGUUUUCUGCCUCUCUUUAUCUCUGGCUGUCUACUUGCCCUUCUUAUUGUCUGUUACCUGUCUCUACUUUCCUUGAAUUCAUUUCUUCCUGUCUCUCUUCCUGCUUACCAGUCUAGCACUAAGUUUGUCUAUGUCUUUUAAUCUAUUUAUAUUCCUCCCUGUUUCUCUAGUUAUCAGCCUACCUGUCUCUUUUGUCUCCUCCCACCUGUCCUCCCCAGAGCAUGUUUCCCUUUGUGUGUCCUCUUACUGUUUCUGUUGGCUUUCUUGCUCUGCCUGUCUUUAUUCUGGUUUCAUCUUUAACUAUCAACCUUCCUUCUUCUGAGCCCUCUCAUGGUUUUUGUCUUCACAUGCCUGUCUUUCUCCUUCUUCUUACCUGUCUAUCUGUCCUUUGAGGUGUCUUUAAAACGUAACCUGCUUCUUUUAGAUUUUUUAUGUGUCUGUCGGUCUCUGCUCAUGGUUUCGGGUGUUUGACUCAGUUUACCUACCUACCUACCUACCUUCUGUGUCGCUCUGCCUGCACCUGUCUGUGUUUGUGCAGGUCCUGAACCCUCUCCUCUAUCAGUCCCAGCUGUCUCACUCUCUUCAGGCACGGCUCUCCAGCUGCCGUAUAUUAGGGAAAGUGGCCAGCAAGUUUGACUCCCAACUGUGAGCGUACAAAUACACACUCUGCAGUACUAAUACACAUUCAGUGAUACAAAUACACACGCUGCAGUGGAAGCAUUUAUUGUGUUGUACUAAUACUUUCUGUUAGCAGUAUUUUUGUGGUUUGAUAAUGUUAAACUAUAACUUCAGAUGUAUCAGGACAGUUAAUAGUACAGUCCGAGCCCAGGUGUGAUGACACACCUGCUCAGGUUUUGACUGUUCUCUGUGAAUCAGAGUGAAGAAGGAGCUGCUGCCAUUAGCUCGUUCUCUGUGUCAGGACGUGGAAUUCGAGGUGCGAGCCUGUAUGUGCCAUCAACUAGAGAACAUCGCCAGGGCAACGGGGUAAACACCAUCAGAUUGUGAAUUGACACAAAUUCAACAUUUGACUGCUGUCAGACGUUCUGUCUGUUUUUCCUGCAGGGUGGAUGACACCAGGACAGAGCUGCUGCCUGAACUGGUGGAGCUCGCUGAAGACGAGGAGAGCAAUGUCCGCCUUGCUGCCUUCGACACUAUCAUCAACCUGAUGGAGAUGUUGGACAGCGGUGAGUCUUCAGAAGGCGGUUAUUGAUUAAAGCUGACAUGUUUUCCUUCAACAGAGCAGUUAAAUUAAUACCAUGAACUGAAAGCUUGGCACUCAGAGCAUAUUUCUCCUUUUGGUGCCAGUCGACUUGACUCAGUUUGGUCCAUAUCCAUAGCAUAAUAUAAAGCAUGAAUAAGUGAAUGGACCAGUAAAUGAACUCUUUCUAUGAUCUCCCCCCAAUCAGGGGGCAGUCACCCAUUCACAAAGCACCAUUCAGUUUUGGGCACAGCCAACGGGGGUGGUUUUGGGGUCAAUUGUCUUAUCCAAAGACACUUUGCCAUAUGAAUAACAAGACCUGGGAUCAAACCCCCAACCCUCUGAUUGAGAGACGCUUUUUUGCUUUGGCCCAGUGAUGAAGCUGGUGGUCUUAAGAUACCCAGGUGAUGAGGUUGAGAAUUGAUUUCAUGCCACAGGGUCAUUCAAGGGGACAACAAUAGUUUGGGGAGACCGACGCUAUCAUGGACAGCUUGUCAAAACCACCAAUGUAUCUCUUAAUGUGACCGUCAACAACAUCAAGCUGCUGCAUACUGUACAGGAUUAGAUAGGAGAGGAAAGCCCCAGCUCAGAUACGGUCUGUCUGCACUUUAUAUAAAUCUGUGUUUCAACCCGAACAUCGCUCUAAAGUGAUGGUAAGACUUGGGGACUUCGUCUAGGCUUGGGGGCUUAACCAUCAACAGCUCACCCAUCUAUCAGAGGAAAGCAAUGCAGAACAUGGAGACAUGAUGUACCUCUCAAAUAUUCACUGGCUGAGCCUGAGGAAGGUGUUCUGCUGUGUGUAGGAGUUGAGAGGAGAGAAAGGGACGCUUCUGGUGACUGGCGGUAAAGCUGACGAGUUUGCUGAGUUAUAAGACUCAGUGUGGGUGUGCGACUUGGCAGACGGUGUGGAUGUAAAGGACCAUCUGGAUGACCUCAAUCUGAAGUUGAAGAGGGAGAAUGUGUUCGCACAUGAGCUGUUUUCAUACAUGUGAGCGUUCAAAGCCAAUCUGGCUCUGUUUUCCCAGACGAAUGACCAACAUGUACUCCAGACAUUUCCUGGAUGUGAAAUACACAACUCCCUUCACAGACAUUCACACUGAGUUGAACCAGCUCCUCUCCAACUUUGAUAAGACUGAAGGAGAACUGGAGCCGGUGUCCUCAGAAAGUUCCCUCAACCUUGUGUCAUGAGUUGCUUUGAUCAAUUUUGUAUUGUCUGUUAUCAUCAUCACUUUGCCAGAUCCUGUUUAGUUUAUAGUUUUCUGUUUUCUACGAGUUCUUCUAAAAAAUUCAGGGAAAGAGGGUCAUAACUUCUUAUAUGUAUUUUUUUUAUUGAAAUCUAUGAAAGAAAAAGUCACUGGAUGUAGUUUAGCGAGUAGUCAGCUGUUUGGCCAACAGAUGGUUCUUGUAGAAGGAUCAAUUCAGGAUUGUUAACAUGGCACAUGUGGCAACUUCAAAAAGUUGCCCAGCCAACGUUUAGAGUCUCCCUCUCUCUCUCAGAUGACAGAGUCCAUAUCGUGGUUCCCAUGGUGAUGUCAGUGUGUGACACAGUUACGCCAGCAGAUGACGUCGUCCUGGUGUCACUGUCGUUCCAGUUUGGGAAGCUCUGCAGUGGACUGGAAGGUGAGAUUCAGCUCCGAAACCCUCGAGUAUAAACAGUCAAAUUCUCCAGAAACAUAGUAAGGAACAGUCAACAUGUUUUUAGACCAUGAGGUGAUGCCCCAGAGCUAUUUCAGGCAGGAAACUCAAGCUGCACUGAAAUUUGAUGACUUGUGCCACCAAGUCUUUCAAGCACAGCUGUUUUGAUCUAAAGUUGAAACAGACGAAGACUGGAGUCUUUAGCCUUUGUUUAAUGUCUUUUCUCAGCAGGGCGUCAAACAUAUUCUCAGAUGUCAUUCCUUUUGCACAUGCUCAGUGUUCGUAACCUCUGACCAGCCAAUGUUAUGUUUCAGGUUCUCUCUCAGAUGAGCAGAAGGGCCGGUUGCUGCAGAAGUUCAAGGAGUUGAGUGUUGCUGGUCUGCAGACUGAGGGUAACCAGACUGAGGGCAACAACGAGUCCACCCUGAUUCGCUGUAACUGCUGCUACAACCUGCCUGUAAACACAGAGACAGACACUCAGACACCGAGAGCUUGGUUCAUGCUUUAAUCCUUCACACACGAUUUAAAUUCCUCUUUUCUCUCUCUCACUCUCCAGGCUAUGGUGGUGUUUGCAGAUCCAGCUCAUUUCCGGUCAGAGCUCUACCCACCUUUCUCAAGUCUGUGUUGUGACCCUGAGGUCAGCGUCCGGCGCAGUGCUGCAGCCAGUUUCCACCAGGUCAGAUAACAUCAUAAGUCCAUGAGAUUCAGGAGUAGGAACAAGAUCCUUGUGAACAAGCUGUUGAGCUUAAUUUGCAGUCCGUCAGACUAAAAUAUCAGUAUAAUCCAGUUAAAGCAACUGAAAAAAUCUCCUGAUCUCACACCAUGCCUCGCCCCUUCCUGUCAGGUGGUGAAGCUGCUUGGUUCGGACGCCCAGCUGGUCCACAAGGAGCUCCUGGCUCUCCUGCAGGACGAUGCUCUGGAGGUGAGAGGCCACAUCUUUUCCACCAAUCAGGGAUUGAAUUCUGGUUCUGUUUGCUCUGAAAGUUUUCAUUGAUACCCACUUUAAUCAGAUUUAUUCUGCUGUCAGAGAUGAACACCACUCAGACUCCAGAAAGGGUCCAGGGCAUUUGGACAAGGUUUUAAAGCUUUUAGCUUCAUGUGAUAGGUCUCCAAGUGUCUGUGCUGAAGCUCUGGUUGUUUUGGUUCUUAGGUGUUGGACGCUCUAAUGAAUCACCUUGAGGACACUUUGGAGGCGGUCCUUUCCAGAGGAGAAAACCUGACGCUGGACAACAAGGUAGAGCCCCAAGGCUGCAGCACUAAACCUGGAUUUGUGAUCAUCUCCUCUGUCUUUUAUUAUAUCUCUGUGACAUUUACUCCUUUCUUUGAUUCGACCUAAUCAUCUCUGUCUUUGCCUCCACUGGUUUCCAAUCAGCUCCCAGAGCUGCUGGCAGCUUUGUUGUUAGCAGAGCAGAAGGUUGGAUGUUCCCUGCGCUGGCGGCUGCACGAGAAGCUGCUGCAGCGUUACAGCUACCUGGCCAGACUUCUACCUGGAGAAGUGCUGCACAAGAGCUUCUCCCCUCGCAUCUUCAUCAUCCUCACCACCAAUGUUAGCACAGCAGCACACCAUACUGCAGACAAUGCCACAGUACAACAGGUGAAUCAUUCAGACACGUAACCCCCCCCUGCUCAUUGUUGUUGCAGAAAGUGUUGCCUGUUCAGAGGGAGGCUGCUCGGACGUUCUGCACGUUCCUGCGCUAUAACCGCAAACAGGAGCAGCGACAGGAAAUGAUGGAGCGACUGAUCCAAGGUCAGAAUACUGCAUUUCUUUAACCCAAGUGACUUGAACGGUGUGUCAGGGGAGUCCCUCUGGAUGUAAGGAAAAAUACUCCUAAUAGUGAUAAAAGGGAAUGACAUGUGGUUCAAGUGACAAAAAAUGAUCAAACAAGGAUGUAACUGAAAUACUGUUCUGUCCUUUAAAAUAGUAGGUGAGGAGGUAAUACUGUGUUUAAAAUAGGGAAAACCUCUUGAUUUGUCAGGGGUGGAAGAAGUUCUGCCUGGUCAUCACUUGGUAUCCACCUCCUCGCCAUCCUGUCAACCCCUCUAACCCAACUCCUGCAGAACAUAGUUAGCUUUAGAAAGUGUUAAACCAAGCCUACCUGCACCUGCAUCCUGUGUAGCCUUAUUUGUGACUGCCCCAGUGAAAUCUACAGACAGACUUUACCUGCAUGUUCUCACUCCAGCAGACAUUCCCAGGGCAUCCUCUAAACAUGCAGUCCUGAGUCUCCUGUCCGACCCACUCCCCUGUUUCAGUCUUUUUCCUAGAGCUUUCUUUUUCCUAUCCUGCACAGAGGGGUUCGUCAGUCUUUGUUGUGACCCAGAAGUCAGCAUCUGACACAGAUGAUGUAUUGACCAUUAAAAACUUAAGGACUCAUGUUUCGUCUUUGUUUACAGGUUGCAUUGAGGUGCCUUUUGGGGUUAGAGUCUGGUUGGCUUGGGAAAGUAGAUCAGUCUGUCAAUCAGAAUGCUGAUUUUUAUCAUCUGAUCAUGAUCCUCAGAUCUGGCUCAGGGACGGAGCUACUGGAACCGUCUGAGGUUUCUGGAUGUAUGUGAAACAGCAACAGAGAUCUUUUCCAGGAAGUACUUCAACAAACACUUUCUGAUCCCAGCACUUGAGCUGGUCCAUGACCCUGUUGCCAACGUCAGGUAGAACCCUCACUCAGCUCCUUACCUUGUGAGAAUGGUAAAGCAUGUUACCCAUCUGUCUGUCUGUCUGUGGUUCUGUCUCUCUUUCACCUGUCUGUCAGGUACAAGCUCUGCCAGUUGUUACCCAGACUGCGAUCAUCUCUUCAUCUGCCAGCUGACAAACAGCUGCUGCAGCAGCUCGACUUCUGCGUCCAAAAGCUCCUCUGCAGGGAGAAAGACAAGGAUGUGGUUGCUACCAUCCGCAAGGUACCACUGUCAUACCGGAGAGAUCAGUCCAGACCACAUAAAUGUAGUCCAGAGAUACCAUUCAUGACCUGCUGUCAGAGGACUCGUAGUAAGUGAAUUGUGUCCAUGAUGUCUUUCAGACAGUGUUAGAACUGGACAAACUGGACCUGACAGAGCCUGUAAGCCACGUGUUUUUAUGACGGACCAACAUGUAAAAUAACAGAACAGGGAUUGAAAUACCCUCUAUAACCUACUCCCACUUUGUGUUGCAGUUUCACAAAAGGCAGGAGAGGGAUUUAUUGGACCAGAAGAAAGAGAAGGAGGAGACGUUGCUGCUGGAGAUGGUGAGUCUGAACCUGCAGCAUCAUUUUCACCCUGAAUCAGUUAGUUUGGUUUUAAUGAUGAAUCGUCUGUUUGUCAGGAGCAGCUGGAGCGCCAGCAGACUGAUGGGAAACUGAACUCUGAAAAACACACAGAGAGGAAACGUGAGCACACUUUAUUUCUGCAGAGAGGGGAGAGUUUAAAAAGUAAGAGCAGAGUUCAUGAACCCCAAAGAGAGUGAAGUCCAGCCCUGUAAAGUCUUUUUCUUUGCCAGGGAGAGACAGUAAGACCAGUCUAUCUGCUACCAAAUCCAUGUCCGUGUCCUCGUCUGGAGCCACCUUCUCUGGUAAGAAUGAAUUAUGAUGAAGAUGAGUGGGGCUGAUAAAUGUGACAGCGAUAUUCUUCUGUGGAUGCUUCAAACUCAAGAAGAGGGUGAUGGUGAUGAUGGUGAUGAUAGUGAUGGUGAUGUUUUUUCUUCUUGCAGGUAAAGAGGUGAGGAAGGCAAAACUGUCACGAAGUCGAUCCCUCAGCAGUCAGCCAACCUCGUCUAAAGUUACCAACUCAGAAAGACCUCUGUAAGUAUGCCAUACUAGUCUCACAUCAAAUACCCCAAUGAGUUUUCAGGGGUCUGAGUGUGAACCCUUAAAUCAACCACAAGACUGUCAGCAAGCACUGCCCUGGACCACUAUGGGUCAGAGCUGAUACUGAACACCUAAAAUGGAUACAAUAGUGGCUAAGUGAAUGAGCUGUGGUCCUGGACCUCUGCAAAUUGGCUGAGGGUCCUGAUUUCUGUAGAUCAGCCGAGGUCCCAACCUUUGUGGAUUAGCUAUUGCUUGGGCCUCUGUUAACUGGCUCAGAUCCAGGUGUUGGUGGAUCAGCAGUUUUACUGUGAUUUGUAGAAGAGCAACAUGUUGUAAUCUAGUUUCCGUGGAUGAUCAACAGUUCCUAUCCUUGGAUCAGUAGUGGUACUUGCCACUGUGGACAUGCGGUGUUUGUGGCCUCUGUGGUUUACCUAUGGUCCUUGCCUCUUUGAAACAUUUGUGGUCCAUACCUGUGCAGAUCCACUGUGGACCUGUUUUUUGAUGGUGCCUUUGGCUUUACUUUGUUCAGUGAUGUUUAAAACCUUCUUGCUCUUCGAUUGUGGGUCUGUAUAUUAGCACAAUACAAAAAAAUCAAUUUCUUGUGGUAGUCCUGGGUCUGGUUUCAGAUGCAGGUUUGGCUUCAUGAAGUUGCUGUAUUGAGCCAUCUUUUCUUUGGAUUUGUGUUGCAGGAAAGUAAAAGAGCUGGGCAGCUCAUCUGGAACCGGGAAGUCCUCUAUGAUAUCAGCUAAAGGUACUUCUUUCUUACACAGAUUCACAGUGAUCCAGUCAGUUUUAGGUCUGUUGAAUCACCCUUGUCAGAGGGGAUGCCCCCUUUAGUGGUUUAAACUCACGCAGAGUUUGUGUUUACAGAUGACUCCUUCAGGACUGCCCACUUUACCAUGGCAACCCAGUCAACCUCCUCCAUGCCGGUCCUGAUCCGCAGCAACACCACCAGCCUCCUAGACAGGGCCAGUACACUAGACCAUAGAGGCAGUACCAUGGACCACAGGACUAGCACUCUAGACCAGAGAGAUCUUAGAACCAGUACUUUGGACCACAGAACCAGUAACAUGGAACACAGAACCAGUACUUUGGACCACAGAACCAGUACUUUGGACCACAGAACCAGUACAUUGGAUCACAGAACCAGUUCCAUUGACCAGAGAGACUAUAGAACUAGUACUUUGGACCACAGAGACCACAAAACUAGUACUAUGGAACAGAGAGAACACAGGACCAGUACCUUGGACCAGCGCAGUAAAACGAUGGACCGAGGCUGCGGGAUCAAGGAUAGUCAAUCCAGGAAGCUUUCCAUGUGAGUAAAGAUAGUGUCAAGGAUAGACCUGUGCCUGUUAUGAAUUAGCCUGGCCAGGCGAGUUAUGAAUCAGCUUGGUUUAUCAAAGAGCUCUGGUGGUAAUGAAUUUAACCAUUUUCUCUCUGCUAUUUCAUUUUUGUUUGUUUGUUUGUUUCCAGAAACAGGAAGUCAAACUCUUUCAGUGUCCAAUCAGCACGAGACUGAAGACUUAUGUCAUCUUUAAGCUACCAGGCCAUCAGUCAAUCAGCAGUUAGCUUCACAAGUAAAAGAACGACUUGGAACAUAACGAAGAAUGCACCUGGUGGUCGUGAAAGGAGACAGUUUGUAACCACUGAGCUGCUUUUAUUUUGAAAACUCUGUACUGUAAUGAGCUGUUCCUGUCACCUGAUUGGCUCAGUAAAUCCUGACAUACUAACUAA